GGGCUGGAACCCGCUGCAUUUCGCGUCAUCGCAGGGGGAACACUUUUAGUCUCCCGGCUCCUUGAGAUGGGAGUGCCGAUCGACGAUAUCACCAAGGGGAAAACACCUCUUCACCUAGCUGCGCAGAAGGGCAACUUAACGACAAUGGCGAUUCCGAUUGCCGCGGGCGCCGCUCUCGAUGUUCAGUCGUACCAGGGCGAGACCCCGUUGCACCUUGCGGCUCGCAACAUGCAACCGGAAGCUGUCGAAGUGUUGCUGGCCGCAAGUUCCAACUAG